AUGUCAAACACCCACCAGAUUCCCCAUGAAUUUGGUGCAGACCUCAAGAUGGCACACUUGGAGACAGUCGAUCUGGCACGUAUUGUGACUGGUGACUCACAGGAGAAGCAGAAACUGUACAAUGCUGCUACACGUCCCGGGGCUUUCUUUUUGGACUUUAAAAGUAGGGAUGAAGGUAUACUCGACGACUUGCCACGGUUGUAUGCCCUAUCAGACCGUUACUUUCAACGUCCCCGUGCAGAAAAAUCGACAGACUUCCGCGAGGAUCAACCUGCUUCUAGUGAUCGUGGCUACAAGAGUAGUGAUUGUGAUGAGACAUUCGAGUUUUCCGACGACGAGCUCUUCCGUGGCGACGCAAGACUUCCGCCAAUUCUGCACGAUGAGAGCGAGCUAGUUCAGAAAUUCAAUAAGCUAUGCCACGCUGCUGCCAUUAGUAUACUUUCAUCACUCUCUGAUUCCCUCGGCAUCGAGGGCGACAAGCGGCUUGAAGCGCACCAUCGGACUACAGAGAGCAGCGAUACCGGUCUCAAGCUCAUAUACGAGCCCUUACUCGCCAAAGCCUCCGAAGUGGUCGAAAAUAAGCAUACCGACAGCGGGAGUCUUACCCUGUUGUUCUAUGAGCAGGUGGGAUUGCAUCUCUACCUUGCUGAGCAGGACCGAUGGGACUUUGCAGCGGUCCCCACGCCCGGAUGCGCACUUGUCACCGUGGCCGACUCCCUGCAGCGCUUAUCGGACUUACAAUUCCACUCACCCCUGCAUCGCGUCACGCAGCCCAGUGACGGGGCUGCGAAGCGGUAUUUUCUAUCGUACUUCCUCCGCCCUUCUCACGCCACUCAAGGCACACAGGGUAAAGUGGCCAUGGAGUAA